AUGCUGCGCAUCCGCUGGGCCUCUGGCACUGAGCUCGCAGCCAUCGCCUGGGGCCAGUUCUCGGAGAGGACUGACGACACUGCGCAGCCCACGGUCGCAGCCCUGAAAAGAAGGCUGCAAUGUCUCUGUGGAUACUCGCGCUUCCGACAGCGCCUUCUCGGCGACGAUGGGGUUCUGACUGAGAAUUCACCGCUGGACACGCUGUCGGAUGUUCAGUUUGUCCUCGUGAACUUCCAGCCGCCUUUGGCGAGUGAUUGCCUCGCACUUGUGGCCGCAGCAAAGGACAACAACUUGAAGGACCUGGAGGUCUUGCUGCAACGACCUCUGAAUCCCAAUGUGAUGGAUGCGAACGGGGAGGUCCCCUUGGGCGGGGCAGCUUGCUUCGGGAAUCCAGAAGCAGCCCUCCUGCUGCUUGAAGCGAGUGCAGACGUAGAGACGCCCAUGAGCGACGGCGCGACACCACUGGUGAUCGCAUCCCAGAAUGGCUAUGUGGAUUUCGUGCAGCUGCUGCUGGAGGCAAGGGCUGACCCAAACCGGGCACUUCCGCAACAAGGUGCCUCUGCACUGCACAUAGCCUGCCAAAAUGGUCAUCUUGAAGUGGCACGCCUGCUGCUGGAUGUGGGUGCUGAAGUGAACAAAACCAUGAAUGAUGGAACAGCCGCACUGUUUCUGGCUUCUCAGCAAGGAUAUCUGGAGAUUGUUCAGAUGCUGCUACAGCAGGCUGCUGAUGCUAACAUGGUUAACGAAAGCAUGGGGUCUAGUCUCGUGGUGGCUUGCGAAGACGGGCAUCUCGACGUAGCUCGAACAUUACUUGAAGCUCGUGCUGACCAAAGAGCUACGGAUGAUGGCACCACGCCACUCUUUGUUGCAGCCCAGAAUGGACACCUGGCUGUAGCCAGUCUCAUGCUUCAGUUUGGGGCCAACAUCGAGCUGCCCAUCGAUGAUGGGGCGACACCUCUUCUCGUCGCAUCUUGGAACGGCCAUUCGGAGGUCGCUCGGGUGCUGCUGGAUGCACGCGCUGACAUCAAUGUCUCGCAGGAUACUGGUGCCACUCCUUUACAUGCUGCCUGCACGAACUGCCACGGAUCGGUCAUAAAGCUUUUGUUGGAGGCCAGAGCGGAUGUGCAUGGAUACUUGCGAGGCUCGGGGAUGUGGUGA